AUGGAAGUCUUCGGCGCAAUCGCCAGCACCGUGCAACUGGCUUCAGCUCUGACGACCCUCCUCACCGUCAUCCAAGACAUCCGCGAUGAUUUCCGAGUGAUACGUCAGCGCACUGUUGAAAGACAGAGCUACCUCAUGUCACUAGCAGCCGUUCUAUCUAUAAUCCAGCGGUCACAGUCACAAGACUGGGCGAAGCUCGAAGAGCCCCUCCAGGCCGUACGAACCAAGCUUGAGGAAAUCCAAAAUCUCCUAGACAAGGUCUCACAGCGCAGCACCGCAUCCUUCCCUGUACGUCUGUGGCGAGUUCACAGUUUAACUCGGGCUGAGAACGCCAUCUCGAGAAAUUUCGUUGUUCUCAACCAGGAAAAGACCACCCUAAUCCUCUACGUCGCCAGCAUUCAGGGUUGCACGCUACUCCAUACUCAACGACUCGUCACCCAAAUAGAGUCAAAGAUCAUGGCUGAGAAACCCUCUAGUGCAUGGGGAGCUGGGGCCCAAGCGCCUUAUCCGACUUCGGACCAGGAAAAUAAGACCGCAACCGGAGUACGCAGCGGUCGGUUCAGAAGACACAGGAACAAUGUUGUUGACGUGAUCCAUCCCGAGGACGAUUCAGACAUCGAUUCAAGAGACAUACGACAGUUCACUCCCCGCAACAAGACGACCGAGCAGCGAGGACUUGACUUUCUCAGCACCCCUAGUCUUCAGCGAUCAGAACUACAACUCCAUAAUCCCAGUAACCAAAGGAACGAGGUUCGAGACAUGGUACGCAGGAACCCAAGUCCCGCACCCGAGUCUUCUCCAUAUCCAUCGGAAGACGAGCCCAACCAGGAGGAAGAAGAAGAUGACAACCCAGCUGGACGCGGCGGCCAUGCCCCGAAUCCCGGGCCUACACCAACCGGUUUUCACAAUCAGCAAAGGCCAGGAACUUACGCUUCUUAUUCCACAUUCCGCGUGACUGGUCGCGUUGGGGACGAAUACCGUAACGCGCCUCGCGGAUUCAGACUUGGGACAUCGCACGGACCCGGCUUUCAUAUCCACGCCACCAAUGUCCAUGCAGCCAACCAGGGCAACCUCGUGGAUUUCGCUUGUGAGACCGCGCUGACGCCGGGAAAUCGGAACCACGACAAUGAUUGGGCUAGGAGUGGGCCAGGACCAGGUGGCAGGCAAUGGGAUCACAGGGUUUCUUGA